GAGAACCUGGCUGGGGGGCGCGGCCUGUUUCCCUUGGCAACCGCGCGUUGUUGACAUCCUCCUUAGCAUCCCCGGGAGGAGAGAAGGCGAGGUUUUUAGGCGCGCCUCCUUCCUCCCCCAUGGCGCAAAAGCUGGACUACCGCCAAGACCUGGCUGAGGACGCUGCCCUCCAGCGGAGGCGCUACCGGGAGCUGCAGAGGCAAAGCCGGGUGUUCGACGCCAGGGUCAGGACCAUCGGGGUUGACACGGAAGCUUUGGAUGCUCAAAUCAGAGACAGAAAGAUCCAAGAAGCAACUCAGAGGGCAUAUGAUGACACCAUUGCUGCUGAAAUGAAACAAAAUGACAAAAUCCUCUGCAUCUUAGAUGAACGACAGAAAAGAGACUCUCAAAUUCUAAACAAAGCUGUCAAUGAAUUUCGCCAAACUUAUCAGCAACCAGAAACACGGCGUGAAUUUGAUUUGUCUGACCCACAAGCCCUAAAGAAAGAUACUCCAGCUCGUCUCGCAGACAGUGACCCUCGAUGUACCAUAUCUGGCUUGCAGAAGUUUAUGGGAGAAGAUUUGAACAGUGAGAAAAGGUGGAAAUUCCAGAAGGAGCAAACAAGGGAAUGGCUUUUGCAACAACAAAAAGAUUGGGAGAACGCACUGGCAGAUAAAAAAUAUGCUGAUGAUCUCCAUGACCAACACAGAAUGGAACUUGAUCAAAAGGCUGUGAACCUUCAAAGAAUAAAUGACGAAACAAGACGAGCCAUUUGCAUCACUACUACAGAAUUUAAUAAAGCUCUGGCUGCUGACAUUGCAUCAAGAAGACGACUUGAAAAGCAGCAAGAAGACGAAGAUAACAUAGCUGAGAUUUCAAAUCUGCUUAGAGGAGACCUGCUCUCUGAAAACCCACAGCAAGCGGCCAGUUCCUUUGGUAACGGGCGAGUGAUUCCUAACCGAUGGAAAGGAAUGAACCAAGAUCAGCUGAAAGAAAUACGUGACGUUCAGCUGCAACAAGUUCUGGAGAAGCUGAGGUUGGAAGAAGAAGAACGUCAAAGAAAUGCGGAGUGGGACAGAAAGCGCAUUCAGGAAGCUAGGGCAGAAGUGCUUUUCGAACGGCAUCAGCAGCGUCAGAAUCGAGAGCUUCGGAGAACAUUAGAUAAUCUUAAUGCACAGCUCUCCCAGGAACAGAAGACAAGGCAAGCAUAUAUUGAUGAAGAGGUGUAUUCAAAUUUUCCUUCUGGCCAGUAUUACACACAAUUUAACACCACUAGCCGGUGAUGUUUGGAUCAAUAUCAUCGAGUUGGAUAUAUCCAAAAGGAGUGGAUAAGCAAUAUUAUAUGUUAUGGAGGAAAACUUGAACAAAGGCAUUCCCAUCUCAUUUGUGACAUCCAAGUCUGUGCAUAUUCAUUGAAUGACCAGAAAACUCCACUAGUAGGACACACAUAGUUGGUGCAACAGAUUUUCCCUCUCCCUACUGCCCACAUCCCCAAUAACCCAAAAAUCUGCUUUAGAGAUUUGGUGAUCUUCUGGAGCAGAUGUGGACAGAGGGGUCCAUCAGGGUUGGAAAGGAAGAGGAAGAAGAAGAUAAGGAAGAAGAAGAAGUCAGCUCACUUGACAUUGGAUGUUAUCCAGAAUAUUCAUCUCAACUAGGAAAAGUUUGUCCAAAAUUUGUCUUCAUGGUCUCUUUUCAGACUUUCACAUGGAAUUUUCUCCCAGGAGAAAACAUCCAUAAGCUUUCUAGAAAGUUAUCGAACUCUGUCAUGCUCAGAGUAGAUCCGCUGAUAUCAAUGGAUCUACUCUGAGUUUGACUUAGAUACUAUUUUAUAUAUGUCUUGGGGAAGUACUGGGCCCCCUUGCUUAGUUGGGUUGAAGGUCUUUUUGUGUCUUCUUGAGCCAUUUUUACUUUUGAGUUAUUUUGUAGAAUUUAAAAAUAAAUGAAUGAAUUCUGAG